CACCCCUAUAAAUAAUCCCCUGUUUCUUUGCAUCAAUGCCCCUGCAAUCCCAAGAGUUCACAAAUUCUCCCCUGUUUUUUCUCAAAAUCACUUUUUCUACCCCAGAUAAUUUGAAGAUGAAUCGAAGAAACAGUAGAGAAGGAGGUGCGCCGAAGCUGGAGCUGAAACUGAACCUGUCGCCGCCCAGAGGCGGAGGAAACAGAGGAGUGGAAUCGCCGAAUCGGUCAGCCACCGUGUCGCCGACUUCGCCGCCGAGCUCAUGUGUGUCGUCGGAGGCGGCGAGAUCGUAUUCGAACAGCCCUGAAGCGGCGACGAUGAUGCUUGUGGGAUGUCCACGUUGCUUGAUGUACGUGAUGCUGUCGGAACAAGACCCGAAAUGUCCGAAAUGCAAAAGCACUGUCCUUCUCGAUGUUCUCCAUGAUAAUACCGCCGUUAAAACCAGGCAAUCCUAGAGAGAGAAACAGACAGACAACAAACAUGGAGUUCUAGAGAGAGAAAACGAGUUCCACAUGUUUUUUUU